AUGAAUCCUUUCGAAUCUCUUCCCGACGCUGCUCGCCCAGCGCAGGGAACAAGGCCCAAUCGUUCCGACGGCCCUCCACCACUGCCUCCUCUCACCAUUCCCGGCAGCACUGGGCGUCCCCAAAAUCCCAUUUUCUCGCCGCCUCCAAAUCUACAUCAUAUUCUGCCUCCUGGAUAUCUUCCACAGCAGCAGCAGCAGCAGCAACAACAACAACAACAACAACAACAACGCUCGCAGCAACCUUUCUUCUCGCCCCCUCCUCCCGAUGCCAUGUCCCCGCCUCUCGGCAGUCACCAAGCGUAUCUGAACAGCACUUCAUCACAGCCUACCCAACGCCUCCCGGGCAUCUCGUUUCAGGAACCUCAAAGAAUGCCUGUCCAACGUUCCGGUCCUUCGCGCGAUUCGGUCAAGUCCUACGGCGACGACAAGCGCAGCAUCAACGAUCCUAACAGCAGCAGCACCGCCCUGACCCAGGUCAACUCACUCGAUCCCGAGUCGGGCUUUUCCGCGCACAAUGACACCUUUCGCCGCAAAAAGUCGCUCGUGCGUCCCGAUCGCGAACGCAUGGACCCCAGUCAUCGUCAGUGGUACUACCGCAAUCAUGCCGCUCACAUGGACGUGAUGGCUGCUUCAGGCGGUCGCGUUGGAUACAUGCCUUCUACCACGGGCCAUCUGCCCCAGCACGGCGCUGCCCCACAUGGCUCUGGCAUGGCUGGCAUCGUGGGUCCUGGAGGUGGUCUCAGCGGUCUCGGCGUCACAGGUCCGACCAACGUGCCCCCAGGAGGUCUCGGACGUGCACCUCCUCUGCGUCGCGGCAAGUCGCUCCUCGGCAGGGAUGAAGACCAGGUCGAGACAGGAAUCAACGUGCUCAAGCGCGGCGUCUCGCUGCGUCGAAAACAGUCCAAGUCCGGCAACAAGCCUUCCAAAGAGGUGCCCCGCGAUCUUGGCGAGAGCAAGACUUCUCGAAUCGCUCCUGGUCCUGUUGGAGGCUGGAUGAUCUACUGCUACAUCCUCACCAUCUGCUGUCCCGGACCCUUCUUGCGCAUCUUUGGAAUCCGCACCCCCGAGCAGCAGCGUGCUUGGCGUGAAAAGAUGGGCCUCAUCGGCAUCAUCACCCUCAUCAUGGCUGCUGUCGGUUUCCUCACCUUUGGCUUCACCCAGACCGUCUGUGGUCAGCAGCCGGACCGAUACACGCUCGGAACCAUCGACGUGGGCUCCAUGACCUUUAACGGCUACGACUACAGCUUUGAUGGCUUUAUCCACCCGCAGGUUGGUCCCUUUGGCGCCGACACCAUCUACAACCGCACCAACCCCAUCUACUCGGAACCUUGGUCCUCGGGUGGGCAGGAUGGCAGCCUGCUCUUCCAGAAGAUCGGUGCUGCUUGCACUGGCAUCAUUUCCAAUCGCGCAGGAGGCGCCCAGCCCGAGCGCUACUUUGACUGCACGCUUGUUCGCCAAGAUGGCAAGGGCGGCUACGCCAACAGCACCAUGCCCAUGUGUCAUACUGGCUCCAUCGUCGAUCAGUUCAACGACGGCGCUCAGCCAAGGAACUCGGUGCUCAAGAAGCGUGGCCAGGUAUCACUCCAGUGGAACAACGUCACCGACCCAGCACGCAACCUCGCUGUCUACCGAGGCUCUGUGCUUGAUCUUAACCGUCUUAACAACUUGACCACCGGCCUCUCCUACCCUGAGCUCUACGAUACGCUCAAGCGCCGCAAUGACUCGUGGGCAGGCCGCGACGUCACUUCCGCCGUUAUGCGACAGCGCCUCGAAAGGGAGUUCCAGUGUCUCGAGCAGAUCACUCGUGUUGGCUUCAUCGACUCUGAGACCAUCGGCUGCGUAGCAUCCAAGGUAGAGCUCUAUCUCUCGCUCGUUUUCAUCAUCGGUGUCGUCGCCAUCAAGUUUUUCAUGGCUGUCAUGUUUGGAUGGUUCAUCUCGUGGCGUCUGGGCAACUAUGCCAACGAGACGUACGAGCAGCGCAUGAAGCGAGCUGCCGAGAUCGAGCAGUGGUCCGACGACAUCUACCGUCCCGCACCCGCCGGUUACCGACCCAAUGCGCGCAAGCACAAGUCGUUCCUCCCCGCCAAGAGUCGAUUCUCGGUCGCCGACCCGCUCAGCCUCAAGAGCGGCUCCCGUGCUCCCAUGCCGUUGAGCGAAAAGCGCAUGACACGUGCCAGCCGUCUCGGCGUCGCUUCGCCGCUCGGUGGCUCUCCUCCUGGCUCUCCCUCGGUCGCUGGGGGUAGAAGCUCGGCCUCACUGGCUCCUGCUCACUCUCGUCGCUCGUCGUUCUCUGGUAGCCCUGCUGAAGGCGCCAUGGGUGUCUGCCCCUUCCCGCUGCACAACACGAUUCCACAGCCUGGACCCGACUACCGUCCGUUUGGCUUCCAGUUGGCGCACUCGAUCUGCCUUGUGACGGCGUAUUCGGAAUCGUUCGAGGGUCUGCGUACUACGCUCGACAGUCUUGCCACUACCGACUAUCCCAACAGCCACAAGCUUCUUCUCGUCAUCGCUGACGGAAUCGUCAAGGGUGCCGGCUCGGAUAUUUCGACGCCCGACAUCUGCCUGUCCAUGAUGAAGGACCUCGUCAUCCCAGCCGAAGAGGUCGAGGGCAACUCGUACGUUGCCAUCGCCGACGGCUACAAGCGCCACAACAUGUGCAAGAUUUACGCUGGCUUCUACGACUAUGACGACGAGACCGUCGAGCGAUCCAAGCAGCAGCGUGUGCCGAUGAUCCUGGUUGCCAAAUGCGGUACGCCGCUCGAGGCCGACAGCGCCAAGCCGGGCAACCGUGGUAAGCGUGACUCGCAGGUGCUGCUCAUGGCUUUCAUGCAAAAGGUCAUGUUUGACGAGCGCAUGACUGCAUUCGAGUACGAGUUUUUCAACAGCAUCUGGCGUGUCACGGGCGUCUCGCCAGACAACUACGAGAUUGUGCUCUGCGUCGAUGCUGAUACCAAGGUGUUCCCCGACUCGCUCUCGCGCAUGGUUGCCUGCAUGGUUGAAGACCCCGAGAUCAUGGGUCUCUGUGGCGAGACCAAGAUUGCGAACAAAUCAGAGACCUGGGUGACCAUGAUUCAGGUGUUUGAAUACUACAUUUCGCACCACCAGACCAAGGCGUUUGAAGCCUGCUUCGGCGGUGUCACCUGUCUGCCCGGUUGUUUUAGUGCUUAUCGUAUCAAGGCGCCCAAGGGUCCCCACGGCUACUGGGUGCCCAUCUUGGCCAACCCGGACAUUGUGGAGCACUACUCGGAAAAUGUUGUUGAUACUCUGCACAAGAAGAACCUGCUCUUGCUCGGAGAGGACCGAUACCUGACGACACUCAUGCUCAAGACGUUCCCCAAACGCAAGAUGAUGUUUGUGCCCCAAGCGGUUUGCAAGACGAUCGUGCCGGAUACUUUCCGCAUCUUGCUAUCGCAGCGUCGUCGAUGGAUCAAUUCAACGGUGCACAACUUGUUCGAGCUGGUCAUGGUCAACGAUCUCUGCGGCACCUUCUGCUUCUCGAUGCGAUUCGUUGUGUUCAUGGAGCUAACGGGUACCCUGGUGCUUCCUGCCGCUAUUGCCUUUACGCUAUACGUCGUCGUUCAAGCCUUUUUGCCCAACGUACCAACGCCUACGAUUCCGCUCAUCUUGCUCGCGCUCAUUCUGGGUCUUCCUGGUAUCUUGAUUGUGGUCACGUCGCGCAAGAUCGCCUACGUCGGUUGGAUGCUGAUCUAUCUCUUGUCGCUGCCCAUCUGGAACUUUGUGUUGCCGUUGUAUGCCUACUGGCACAUGGACGACUUCUCGUGGGGUGCCACGCGAGUGGUGCAGGGAGAGAACAAGAAGGACAAUCACGGUGACGCCGAUGGCAAAUUUGACCCUUCGCACAUUGUGAUGAAGCGAUGGGCCGAGUUUGAGCGCGAGCGUCGCUGGAAGUCCGGCACACAUUCGCGCGACUCGACGUACGACGUUGUGCAGCGCACCGGCUCGCCCGAGCGGGCAGGCAGCACACGCUACUCGGUGGUCUCGUCGGAUACAUUCCACUCGAGUCCGUUUGGUCAGCACGACCAAUUUGGGCGUGCCUUGCCCAAUGCCAUGUCUUCUUCGAGCGCUUCGCAAUUCGGACCGGACGUCUCGGAAGUGUCGCACAGCAAGAGCCCAUCGGGAGCACGUGCUCGUCUUGACGCGGUACCGCUGCUCGAGCUGCCGGCGCCGCUUGCAACCGAUGCCAAGCAUCGCAGUGGCGCUUCUCCUACAGGCACGGUGGUGGUACCUCGGCCUCGUGCCACGUCUCCGGCGCCUUUGCCACACAAUUCUGGCCACCCGGCGCUCGGCAGCGUGAGCGCCUUCUCGCCCACGCAGCACAGCGCUGGCCGGCUGCCGACCCUGCCUGGUGCUGCUACAUAUGAGGCCUACCCACACACGGAUGCUGCCGACGAGGAGAGGCGACCGAUGAUUGGAUCAACCUCGAGUUCACCCGAUCCUGAGCCGCGUCGCUAUAUCGGCCCGGACGCAGGCGUGCGACACGGCAAUGUUUCGACAGAGCAGCGGUACCCGACGGUGAGCGAGUCGGCAUACCCCAUGCAGGCGUACACGGCCGAGCCUGAGACAGACGGAUCGGCGUCACCCACGCCCGCGCAACAGGGCUUCAACGCAGCAAACUCGAACCAGCAAACCCGACCACUGACGCGAGGGUUCAGCCUGGUGGAUGACGGUCCCGUAGCAAGCGCGCAGGGUGUGCGACAGGUGCAGCGAGGAGCACGACGCUCGCAGAUGCCUAAUUCGGCGGCGUCGCCACCUCCUGCCAACAGAACAGGUAACCUCCCCCCCGGCGCGGCUCCUCCAAGCUUUGACUGA